CUCUCUUCUAUUUUAUUCUCAUUCAUCACCCUUUUCUUUGUCUUCUUCAACUUCUCUCAAGCCAGCUAGUUUUAUUGUUUUUCCUCAUAUAAAAAAAAUUCCUAGAGAGCUAGCUAGGUUCGAAGAGGGACUAUAGAAGCAAAAAUGUUGAGUGAUUUUCUUCCAUUUUUGUUCAUGGUUUUGGUUCAAUUCGGGUUUGCGGGCAUGAUCAUUACCUCAAAAUUGGCCUUGGACGCCGGCAUGAAGCCUCUUGUUCUUGUCACUUACAGGCAAAUUUUUGCUACCUUCGUUAUGCUCCCCGUUGCCUAUUUCUUGGAGUGGAAAACUAGGCCAAAGAUCACCAAGUUCAUUAUUUUCCAGAUUCUCUUAUGCUCUCUUACUGGCGCCACCGAGCACCAGGUGCUUUACUUCGUCGGACUAGCCUACUCCACCCCGACAAUCAGCUGUGCAUUGGCAAAUAUCCUACCAGCAGUCACCUUCGUCCUCGCCGUCGUUUUCAGGCAAGAAUUUGUUGGCAUCAAGACGAGAGCUGGGCAAGCAAAGGUCUUAGGAACAGCGCUGUGCGUCGGUGGAGCCAUGUUACUGUCAUUCUACAAUGGGGAAAUGAUUCCUAUUCCUAAUUCAGGCAUUCACUGGGGCUACGCUAAUCGGAUGAGCAAGCAAAACGCCAGCACCAAUUCAAACUUGAUUCUGGGUUCGAUUUUGCUGAUGGCCAGUACUGUUUCUUGGGCUGCAUGGAUCGUGAUUCAAACGCAGAUGAGCAGGAAGUUUCCGGCUCCGUACAUCAGCACAACGUUGAUGUGUUUCCUGGGCAGCAUCGAGUGCGGGUUGAUUGGCCUAAUCUCUGAACACAAGCUUUCUGCAUGGUCUUUGAGCUCUCCCAUCAGGCUUAUAUCAGCUAUCUAA